AUGGGCGCAGCCCCCAGCUGCUGUUCUGAUUCCGGCGAUGUGCCGCCCAUCGAAGUGGUAGAAGGAGAGCCGUCGGCUGUUAACCUUGGCGAUGCAGGCAACGCAGGCAAUGCCGGCAAGGCAGGCUGUCAGCUGCAAUGGACGGCUGAGCCGCCGAUUGACGAACACGGACCCGAGCAUGAGCCAUCUCGCCAUCUGAGACUCGAUUCGGAACUGCUCCGAGGGAUUCCUCUAAACUCGUCUCUACAAGGUUUCGGAAGGCUCUGGCGAAAGUCACCGAUAGAUCUGCCAGAGGCCGCUCGUGGGGCCUUGUGGGAGAAGUCUGUGGGUGUGGAGAAGUUGGACAUCUUCCUGAGCCACACGUGGCACACCCCGGGAUCGCAAAAGAUCCGGGCCCUGAUGGUGCAGUCUGGCUGCCACUGCUUCGUCCUCGGCUGGCUCCUGGGUAGCGCAGUUGCCGUGCUUUUGGAGCUCUUUGCAUUUCCGAGGCACCGAAACUUGUCAGCAAGGCUUGGUGGAUUUGUGGGCUCUCUCCUCGGAUUCCUGGCCUCGCCCUACCUGCCACAGCCUUGCGGCCGCGAGAUGUGCUUUCUAGAUGUGGUCUGCAUCCAG